GCAAAAAGUCCAGCAUCGCCAACACCAAGCUAAAGGUGCUCGCAAUGUGUGAAACUUUAUUCAAUCCACAAGGAAAGGGAAAAAUCUACCGCACAACUAUAUCCUCCCUUUUCUCUUUAUCCGCCUCUGAAGGUAUGGUGUCCUCCUCGACCGACCACUCAAGCUUAUGUACAAGAUUUUUGUAUAGGACUAGCCUGAGUUGGUUCGUAAUCUGUUCUACAUCUCAACAAUGUUGUUCGUGCGACUUUAAGGCAAAGAACGAUAUCAGUUGGAUUUUGCACGCAUACGGCCAAAACGUUGUGACAUAGCCAUGGCUGGAACAGAGCAACGGCGUUUUUUCUCCCCUUAUUUACUAGCGAGAGCAAAUGUAAAUUUUUCUGAACGUCAACCGAUGAGACAACGACACCACCGCAAAGAAGUGUCUAGUGCAAAGGAGGCUUUCUUCACAGGUCCAAGCACAGCAAAUAAAAGCAAAGGGAUCAUAUGCAAAAGGAAGUUUCCGCACAAUGUCUUAUUAUUAGUUAAAAGUCGCUUAAAAUACGAGUGAUAAUCUCCCCCCUCGGUACCUCGAGACUGUUUAUUCUGUCUAAUCGUUGGAGUACGUUUUACGUCAUGAUUGGUAAGGAUGACUUAGUGGAGGAAUUAAAGGACGCAAUCAAGAGGAAGAUUGAAGAUAUUACGAUCUGCAGCUCUUCUUGGAGAAGAAGAAGGAUGGUGCAUGUCUGACGGGUGACGAUGCUCUUGACAGCUAAGAAUAGAUGACACUUUGUCUUUGAGUUGAGGCAAUCGUGGAAGCUGAACAAGCCAAAUCUCCUUAGUUUUAAUGUUUGUCUAGGAGAAAACGUGUUUCACGUGCCGGUGGUGGUGUCUCGGGAUUGCUGGAAGCCGAAACUGUGGAAAUACCGCAUCCACGAUGGAUGUUGUUGAAUGAUGUUCUUGAUAAGAACAAGAAAGCGAUGAAUCCACGGACUUCGCUUACGUGUCGUUCUCAGAAAUUGAUUUCGUCAUGCCGGCAACCAAAGAACUAACCGACAUGAAGUCCAUCCGUAAUGAAAAGCUGGGUGCGUUGCGUAAUGACUUCCAAUACCUGAUCAAGGCUUUUGGUGAUAUUAUCACUGGUAAAGAAGCAAAACGACUGCACUUUAUCUUACCUGUGCUCGCAAGUGUCUGUGCUCUAUUCGAUGAAGAUGUCCUAAUUCUGCCGAAGAAACGGUUGUUGGGAAAUGUGUUCAUGGAGAUGAAGCCCUUGAGUUCGUGCUUAAGAGACGAGAGAAACGUAUUUGUAUUGUGUAGGCUAAACGAGAUGACAUUUAGCAGGGGUUUUGCUCAGACGAAGAUGUAGAAGGUCUACCGAUAGUAUUCAGCAUUGUCACGAACUUCUUGUUCUCGCGAAAUUGGAUGACGAAACUGAGCGAGCGACAUCGAUGGAGAUUGACGUUCCAGCAACCAAAUCCGUGGAUCAUAUCGCAGGAAAAUUCUACUCCAUCUUUGUGGAUGACGUAUACAUGUCUGGCAGUACAUACUUGUUAGGCCCCUACACUAUUUUAAAUAAUAUAUUUAUUUGUCAAUUCCUG